CCCGCAGCCGCCUUCCGCAGGCCGUUUCCACCGAGGAAAAGGAAUCAUAUCGUAUGUCCGCUAUUCAGAACCUCCACUCUUUCGACCCCUUUGCUGAUGCAAGUAAGGGUGAUGACCUGCUUCCUGCUGGCACUGAGGAUUAUAUCCAUAUAAGAAUUCAACAGAGAAACGGCAGAAAGACCCUUACCACUGUCCAAGGGAUCGCUGAUGAUUACGAUAAAAAGAAACUAGUGAAGGCGUUUAAGAAGAAAUUUGCCUGCAAUGGUACUGUAAUUGAGCAUCCAGAAUAUGGAGAAGUAAUUCAGCUACAGGGUGACCAGCGCAAGAACAUAUGCCAGUUCCUAAUAGAGAUUGGACUGGCUAAGGACGAUCAGCUGAAGGUUCAUGGGUUUUAAGUGCUUGUGACUCUGAAGCUUAAGUGAGGAUUUCCUUGCAAUGAAUUUCCCUCCUGUCCCUUGUCACAAGUUUAAAAACCUCACAGCUUGUGUAAUGUAACCAUUUGGGGUCCGCUUUUAACUUGGACUAGUGUAACUCCUUCAUGCAAUAAACUGAAAAGAGCCAU